AUGAAGAAAGAGCAUGUGAUGUUGAUGCUAUGCACAAUUGUCAUAGCAAUCCCACUGGUUCAGAGCGUUUCUGAAGGGCCAAAAGCAGUGCAAACAUGGUUCAAGCAGGAGCUCCCACUCAAAAAACAAAAGGUCACAAACCUACACUUUUACUUUCACGACGCCCUGGGUGGGCAAGGUCAAACUGCAUAUCCAGUAUUCCAAUCAAACAUCACCUCGACCAGCAUUACCGGAUUUGGUCUAGCCUUCAUGUUUGACAACCCUAUGACCGUUGGCCCAGAUCCACAGUCCAUGAAGAUUGGUAGGGGUCAAGGAUUUGCUGGUGCAGCAUCGUUGGAAAAACAGCGGUUUCUUAUGAACUUGAACUUUGUCUUCACACAAGGGAGGUUCAAUGGUAGCACCCUACAGGUUCUUGGCACGAACCCUAUCCAGAAUCAGGUACGUGAAAUGUCUGUCGUUGGUGGUACUGGGAUUUUCCGACUUGCGCGUGGGAUUGCCACUUAUCGUAAUGAGACGUCGUCUACUAUUGAAUAUGAUAUUGCUGUGCUUCAUUAUUGA